UAAAAUUGUUUAAUUCCAGAUAAAACUUAUAAAUAAACCAUUUCAGUGUAUGAAGCUGACAACAACAUUUUUUGAAAACGAUUAUUUAUGAAUUCAUACUAAUCAUUUUAUGAGUUCGUAUUUAAAAUAGGCAUUUCAAAUAUAUAAAUCAUUUUUUAAAUUCCUUUGUAUUACUUGCAAAGGGCCAUAAAUUUUCUUGAAAACCAACAUAGGCCAGCCAAGACGACAAUUAAAUAAAUUCAAUAAAUUCAAUUUGCACCUGCCGACAACAUUAUUGGAUUGCAACUCAUACAGAUGAAAUUAAAUAAAUUAAGGACAUGCAUUCGCAGACAUUUUCCUGACACACCGGAAAAAGACAAGUAUUUGCGUUACAAAAGGAAUACACUUUCCUUGCCACACCACAUCCACAUCCACCCACCAGAAUGACAGGUGUUUAUUUUCGGGAAAUGCAAUUGAGCGGAAUUUCAUGACGCAGCCAACGAGACAACACAAACGGAUAAGAGAAUGAUAAAACAUAAUACAAUAUCAGAGGUCGUGCCCUGCGGCUGGGACUACCAAACACAUUGCCUGUCAUCUUUUCCCACAUUACGCCUACUUUAUUUCUUGGGCCUUCGUCUGAUUAAAUUACACACUUUUUUGGACGGGCGACAAGCGCUGACAGACCAUUGGAGCGCAAACUAACAUCAAUCCUUGUGGUUUACUCAUUUCCUUUCAGUUAACCAGUCGAAUUUAAUGCUCGCCAUUUGCGUCAACUUUCCUGAAAGUAACCAAUAAAAAGACAAGACAAGGGAAAAGACCUCGAACCAGCUAUCAGCGAUGUUCCAGAAACCAAUAGCCGGAACAAUUCCCCUAAUUGUAUCACAGAGCAUGCGAAUUUAUGGGCCCAGCUAUUAAAUGCUCCAGCUCAAGCUCCUUCAGUCCUGGUAUUUUAUGACCCACGCUCAGUUAAAAAAAAAGUGAGGCCAGGAUGUGGGCAAGGCAACCGCGGCGACCACGGUUACUGAAGGUGAUUGGGAGAGCUGAUACGUUAGCCACAGAAAAGAUUACUGAUUUUCGGAAAUAGUUCCAACAGUAACUUCAUUGGAAACAGUCACCUAAGUCACGAAGUUUCGAAAAAAUAAUACAAUUUAUUAUAAUGAGUGAACCGUCUACUUACACAUUAAACCACUAUUGCUUAUUCUCGAUUUUUGAGCAAUUAAAAAAUAACUGUGAGAGAGAUCAAAGAAACAUUCCAGACAUAAUUCGAUACAAGGAUAUCAUUAAUUUAGCUAUUACCAAUGAUCAGUUUCAUUCACUAAUUCAGUAUUGGAAUCAAUGCCUGUACAAACGACUUGAAGUCGAGAAAUUCCAUUCCUGGACAUGUAGAAUUUUAAGCAUAAACUUUUAUGAACUACUGGUCAGUCAGAGGAAUUGCACUCCAGCUGAGAAGGAGGCAUUCUGGGACAUAUUUUGUAUGGCUAUUCAAGAUAAUACAAGAGUCACUGGAUGCUACCUGAGUUACAAACCGAAAACAUACUGUGCUGAUCAUGUGGAAAUAUUUGAAUGGACUAUGCGACUUCUGCAAAAAAAGACAAGCUUAAAAAAAAUAGCUCUUCAAAUGAUAAGUUACUCCCCUGAACAUCUGGAAAGUUUUCAUAAUUUGCAGAGCCUACUUCUGGAUGUGCCAAUGGAUGCCAACGCUCUGAAGGAAUGCGUGAAAUCGAAUCCAAAUCUUAUCGAACUUGAAUUUAUAAGCACUGAAAUGUACGGUAGACUAACUGAUAUAACACCCUACUGCAGGAAUUUAGAGCGUCUGACUAUUCAAAUGAAACCGGAAACGGAUGCCAAAGAGUACGGAGCACUGGCUAAUUUACCAAAACUGAAGGAUUUGUCUAUAUUCGGAUACCCAAAACAAGGUUCACUGAGAGCGCUUUUUGUAGCAAUGGCGAUAAAUCGUUCAACUGUUUUGCAAUAUCUGUCAGUCCAGCAGGCAAUGCUCGAACCAGAAGAAGUCGAAGAACUGUCAAACAUUCACUCUCUACAUAGACUAAGAUGCGAAUUAGCAACGACCCGGUCACCAGCAAUUCCAAGUGCAUUUGAAUUGCCGAACAUUUGUUCCAUUGAAAUGGAGUCGCCGUAUGAACUAGACCAUAUCAGAAUUGAUAUUAUAGCAAAUAGGGGACAAAUCGGACUUGUUAUCCGUACAAAGAGGGAAAGGGACAUGCUAAUAAGGUUGAAUAAUUGGCAUAAAAACAAAAUCAACCCACUAUUGCUUGAAAAACAAAAGUUGACAAGGGAUUUGGAAAUUCAACAGAUCAAAGGAGUAUAUGAUCCCAAGUGUUUGGAAAAAAUAGCUGCAAUUUCUUUGCUAGAAGCCUUCCCAUCACAAUUUCCAACUCAUGUGCAUAAUAUACACCUUUUGACCAAAAUCAAAGAACUGAAGGAACUUGAGGUGAAAGUCAAGAUCAACAUUAAAGAAGAACUAAGGCGAUUAAUUGAAAGUAACAGAUUUGUUGAUUUGGAAGACUCAGAAAUGAAUAUUGCAAUCGAACCCGAAACUCAAGAAAUUAUUGCACUUGUCCAAGUGACAUAUCUCAAGGAAAUCUUUGGACGUUCAAAGUUCACGUUUAUAAGAAACGAAAUUACUAUACGAAACUUCGAAUUGGAGCUCGAUUUUGAUUUUAGACUUUAGGGUCGCAAGAGUACCUAAUACCUAACUUCCUAAGAAAACUAAUCAAUUUUUGUUUUAAUUUCAAAUAAUAGCUAAUCAAUCUAAAUGUAAACUACGAAGUUUGAGCAGCAGCUUGGCAAGAAUGUUGUUAUCGCAUGAGGAACAUGCCUAAAUUCUUAAAAAGGUAGAAUCAAUAUCCUAUGGAGCAGGUUGACAAAUCCUUGUGUUAUUUAAUCGACAUAAAUAUUUAAAAUAAACAAUUUAAAAGUACCUAUUCUUAAGACUUCAAAUUAAAAAUAUUAUACGACGUUAUAACUAAAAUAUGACCAUUUGUGAAACAGCGUUUGUUUAAAAAAUGUAAUCUAU